AUGGGUUUAUUACUUUCCAAAAUAUUCAAGAAUAGAGACUUGAGAUUGUUGAUGUUGGGAUUGGAUAAUGCGGGUAAAACAACUAUAUUGUGGAAAUUAAAGCUACGGAAAUCAGCCCCUACUACUGUUCCAACUGUUGGUUUCAACGUUGAAACAGUUAAACAUAAGAACAUUUCAUUUGCUGUAUGGGAUUGUGGUGGACAAGAACGUAUUAGACCAUUAUGGAGACAUUAUUUUACUGGUACUAAUGCAUUAAUUUAUGUUGUUGAUUCUUCAGAUUUAAGUCGGUUGGAAGAGUCUAAAAAGGAAUUAAUGAGAGUUAUUACUGAUAAAGAAUUGGCAAAUUGUUUAUUGAUUGUAUUGGCAAAUAAACAAGAUGUCCCCGGUGCUAUUAAACCAAAAGAAUUGAUUGAACGUUUUGAAUUGAAUACCCUUUCAGAUUCUCAUGUAUGGCAAGUUAUGCCAACCAUAGCUAUAGAUGGAACUGGUUUGAUUGAGGCUUUGAACUGGAUCUCAAGCCAUGCUAAAUAA